AGUGGUCAGUUGAGAGCCACCCUUGAACAGGUCAGGAGACACCAGGCUCUCUCUCGAGCUGGGCCUGUUCAGCGACUGCAGACAAGGCUGGGCGGUAGGAAGCUGAGAACUACCUGCUAACAACCAUGGCAGCACCGAUAAAGUUUCCAUUUCGGCCCAGAGGAGGUCAGCCCAGAGAGGACACGACCCCAAAAAGGGGGCUUCGACGCUAUCUAUUGGAAUUGAAAGAGAGCAAUAAAGAGUUCUGGCUGUCAGGACACGCCGUGUUCAAGCUUCUGUCUUUGGGCUGCAUGAUCUCUGCACUAGACUACUUUGAAACAAUGCUCCCACAUCCGGUCCUGAUCCUGCUCAUCUGUAUGGAAGCGGCAAUCUGCAUAUUCUUCAUCUUCCUUAACACCUUAGCCAUCAACAGAUACAUUCCCUUCGUCUUCUGGCCUAUGGCGGAUAUCUUCAACAGCCUGUUCUCCUGUGUGUUCCUUGGAGGUGGCAUAUACUUUGCUUUCAAGGCUAGAAGAUUAUUGCCAAAGCCCUACUUAACUGCUAUGAUCCUCAUGGGCGCUGCUGCGAUCUGUUCUUUCAUCGACAUGUUACUUCAAUUCCAACACUUCAGAGGCCUUAGGUUAAGGAAGUGGUAACUGUGACAUCUAUGAUCUUUUUCAUCGUGGGACAAGCCCCUGAACCAUAUAUCGUCAUUACUGGGUUUGAAGUCACCAUUAUUUUCUGUUUCGUAGUCUUGUAUAUGUGCAGACGUGACAAGAUAAUGAAAUCUUUCUUUUGGCCUUUGCUUGUAAGUGAUGAACUUCAACCUUAAACCUUAACUAACUUUCCUGCCUUAGGAAGACACCUUAGUCAACUACUUGAAUCUCCUAAAUCUUUAAGGUGAUCUCUGCUCACUGCUUGGGGGAUGCUCUCAGGGAUUCAGGAUACCCACAGAACAUAAGUUCUCUUUACUCUAUCUACCAGUAGGUAUGGCUGACCUUUCUCUUAACUAUAAAUGUUAUGAAAUAUAAUCUGGUGGCCGGCCGGGGUACCUGGAGGACCCAUGCCAAGCUGUGCAACUGAGAAAUAAACACCAUGAAACAGA